UGGCGCCGCCUCGCGCUGCCUGCUCUCCUUCGCCGCCGCCUCCGCCUCCUUUCAACCUUGGUCCUCGCCGCCCUUUGAGGCCUCCCCCUUUCCCGUGAGGAGGCUGCCGGUUCUCCCUUCGCCGCCGCCGCCGCCGCGUCCGGUUGAAUCGCUGCUCGCCAUGACCUUGUUGACCGCCAGCAGCAGGGCGGCCGCGCGCCUCCUGGCAGCCAAGAAUGCAUCGUGUGUUGUAUUUGCUGCUAGACAUGCUAGUGCCUCCACGAAUCUAAAAGAUGUUCUCGCAAACAUGAUACCAAAGGAGCAAACAAGAAUUAAAAGCUUCAGGCAACAAUAUGGCAGCUCGGUCAUCGGUCAAAUAACUGUGGAUAUGAUCUACGGUGGCAUGAGGGGUAUGAAAGGGCUUAUAUAUGAGACUUCUGUGUUGGAUCCUGAUGAGGGUAUCCGUUUUCGUGGCUACAGCAUUCCUGAGUGUCAGAAGCUGCUGCCCAAAGCCCCCGGCGGUGCAGAGCCUCUACCUGAAGGGUUGUUCUGGUUGUUGGUGACAGGAGAGAUCCCUUCCCAAGAACAGGUGAACUGGGUCUCCCGAGAGUGGGCCAAGAGAGCCGCUCUGCCUUCCCAUGUCGUCACCAUGCUGGACAACUUCCCCACCAACCUUCACCCCAUGUCACAACUCAGCGCUGCUGUCACUGCCCUCAACAGCGAGAGCACUUUCGCCCGUGCCUAUUCAGAGGGGAUCAGCCGCACCAAGUACUGGGAGUUUAUCUAUGAAGACUCCAUGGACUUGAUUGCCAAGCUGCCAUGUAUAGCUGCAAAAAUCUACCGUAACCUGUACCGUGAGGGCAGCAGCAUCGGCGCCAUAGACCCCGCCUUAGACUGGUCACACAAUUUCACCAACAUGCUGGGCUACAGUGACCCAGAGUUCAUUGAACUCAUGCGGCUCUACCUCAGCAUUCACAGCGACCACGAGGGUGGGAACGUUAGUGCCCACACCAGCCAUCUAGUGGGCAGCGCUCUCUCGGACCCUUACUUGGCUUUUGCCGCAGCUAUGAAUGGUCUGGCUGGACCACUCCAUGGUCUUGCAAAUCAGGAAGUGCUGGUAUGGCUAACAAACCUGCAAAAGGAGCUGGGCGAGGACGUGUCGGAUGAAAAGCUAAGAGAUUUUAUCUGGAAUACCUUGAACUCUGGCAGGGUGGUUCCCGGCUACGGCCACGCAGUGCUGCGGAAGACCGACCCUCGCUACACCUGCCAGAGGGAAUUUGCCCUCAAGCACCUUCCCAAAGACCCCCUCUUCAAGCUGGUGGCCCAGCUGUACAAGAUUGUCCCUAACGUGCUGCUGGAACAGGGCAAGGCCAAGAACCCGUGGCCCAAUGUGGAUGCGCACAGCGGAGUCCUGUUACAGUACUACGGCAUGAAGGAGAUGAACUACUACACGGUGCUGUUUGGCGUCUCUCGAGCCCUCGGUGUUCUGUCUCAGCUGAUCUGGAGCCGAGCGCUUGGCUUCCCCCUAGAGAGACCCAAGUCCAUGAGCACGGAUGGGCUGAUGGUGCUUGUGGGAGCCAAGUCUGGUUAGAGCCAGGGACGUGGCAGAGGGUAGCUAUUGAGGGAACGGUAGAGAUGAUACGACUUCUUGGUUUUGUUCAAAAGGGCCUUGAGAAGAUCCUUCCUUUUGAGGCACUGACCAUCACAUUUUCAGGUUAUUUAUGGGAUAAAUUCAGCUGAAACUAAAAACGUACCCCCCCCAUUACCUUUAAUACCACCUCAAGUUAGAUUCUCAAGUGCAGGGCCCAGGGGCAGCUCUUCCCAAGCCCCCAGACGAGAGAGUGGGCUGCUUUCUAGCUCUGGCAUUGCUGCUCCGCUUGCCCCGUGUUGCUGGCCAGGAGCAGGGAAUGCCGCCUCUUUAACAAUCAUGUCACGUCACAUGCUUUUUUAAUAUUGGCUAUGUUACCUUUCCCUUCCGUGCGGAGGAGAGACCUGCGUUCUGCACAAUAUCCUCUUCUUACCAAGCCAGCUGGGAGCGCUGUGUGGAGGGAGGGAGGUUCUUGCCUUCCGCGUGCUCAGUCUCCUGCUCCUUUCUUGUAUGUUCCCCCUGGCUGUAAAACAGCAGAGGAGACAGAGCUGCAGCCCCCCAAUCCUCUGUGCUGAGUAGAGGAGUAAAACUCACUCCCUUCCUUAUCUAAGAGGAGCAGUGCUACUCUGCCCCCCGCCCCCCCCCCCCCGGUGCCACAGCACUUGAUUGUCUUGCUGUGUCUUGGUGCCCAUGCAGCCCCCCCAUCCCCUGUCCUUUGCUGCUGAAAGCAGAAUUCUAGUGAGUUUCUGCCAGGCGCACUGCAAGAUCUCCCCAUCCCUUCUAGUUCAGCUUAAAGAAAGAGAAGGCACAGGGUGCUCGAAGCAAGUACUCUCCCCCCCCUCUUCGUUUGGGUUUUCAGUGUUAGUGCUGUGGUAUUGAAAAGGUAGAGCUGGGGUUGUAUAAAUCUUAAAGAAGGGAUUUGGCAACACCCCCCCCCAAAUGCAGGUAUAAUAACUGCCAUGUGGUGCCCAGUGGGCCAGCCAUAACUUGAGAGCAGUGAUGGCAGAGAAUGGAACCCAUCUCCUGGCCUCCUUUCCUCUCUAGAAAGGACUUCAUACACUCCUACCUAUGUUUGGUCUUUUUUUCCCCUCUGUGUGUUUGUGUGAAAUCCCGUGUCUCCUUGAAACCACGAAAAACAAACAAACCCCUCACUCUUUAAGUUGAAGGCACAGCAUACAUGGCUGUGCAAACAUCUGCAUUCUGUUGCAAACUUCAGGUGGUUCUGUAUAAACUGCAAAAUAAAUGUUUUUAUUAACAAGUUACAGUA